GAAAAACCGUCACAAUUUUAAAAUUUAAAUUUCAAAAUAAAAAUAAGGGAGUUCAAACCGACUUUUCCAAAACAAAAACACCAAAAAACAACACCACCACCAUUUUUGAAAAAAAAAAAAAAAAAAAACUCUGUAUUUUGUUUUCACUGGUAAAAGAUUGCCUAUCACUUUGCGCAAUAGGAUUUUUUUUUUUCCCUCUAUGUAGUAGAAAUGGAUUUUCAUGGAAUGAAGAGGCAGGCACUGCAAUCGCUCUGUAAGAAGCAUGGAAUUCCGGCGAAUUUGACCAACCAUGAAAUGGCCGAUAGGCUUGCUUUGCUUCUCAAGGAAAAUGAAAAGCCUGUAGACAAUAGUCAGCCAACAAGCUCGAAUAAUUUAGGAGAAACUCAUUGCGAAAUUGAAUCUAAUUUUAAGAUUGUAAAUCAGAAAGUAAGCAAGAAGGUGAGGUUUAGUCCUGAAAACGAAACAUUUAUAUUUGUAAGUUCAGAUACAGAGUCAGAUUCAGAUCAUGGUAACAAUCCGAAGAGACGACUGAGAAAAAGGAAAUCUGUGUCAAACUUGGAAUCAAAGAAACAAGUUCAGCUCAGAAAAAAUGUCAAAAAAGCUGAAGUUUCGGCCGAACCCUUGGACAAUUCCGGUAGAGUUACAAGGUCCAGAGUGCAAAGAGUGGUUGCCGGAGACGCAGAGAUGGUUUUCUCACCUCUUGCUGGGAAUAAGAGAGGGAGAAGAAGGGUAAAAAAUGUUGGUGUUAAUGAUAAACCACCACCAAUUGCUGAUUUGGGUGAUAAAGAUGAUCCUCGUGAGGAUGCUAAAUGGAGAGGCGGGUUGAUUCGACAGCGGUUGAGAAGCAAGGAGGUGGUGAAUGAAGCUGGAGAGAAAGCAGGAGAUGGGGAUUUGGCAGUGUUGAGGAAGAAUUCAAGAUUGAGAGGUUCCAAGAACAUAAGGAAUGUCAAGGCUAGUGAUGGGGUUGUUUUGCUGGAUCAGAUUCAUGAAGACAAUGCCAUUGCAGUAGAAGAGGCUAAACCUGAACAAAUUCUGAAGCGUUCUAAAAGAAUUACGGCAAAGAAUAAAGGUUCUAGUUCUUUGAGUAAAGAUUUGGGUGACACUGGAAUUGGUAGAAGGGUCACAAGGUCCCGGAAACUUGAUGAGAAGGAUUCUUCAUUAGAAAGUGAAGCAGGAAGUAUUGUAGUUGAGGAAGAAAGUCAAAAGGUUCUUCAACUUGAAGAACCUGCCAAGGGUUCAAGGCGGAAGUCUGUCGCACCACAAAAUGGGAAGGUGCAGAGUGAAAGUCUUGCUACCAAACGUACUGAACGUGGACAACCUGUAAAGGGGUCUAGAAAAAGGUCAAGGAAAAUAGAUUCUGAAGGAGUUCCCAAAGUCGAACCAAUUGUUGGCGUUGUGACAAAAGAUGAAGAUUUACUGCCAGAUGGCCCUCCUUGGAGGUCUCGGCACAGCAUUGCAUCAUUUAACUCUGUUGCUACUGCUGUUGGAGAGUUAAGAACUCAAGAUAAUGAUGGAAAGAAGAAGCCACAAAGAGAAGCACCUUUAGAAAGUGAUGUUAAUAUUGCCAAACAACCAAGGAGAUCUAGUCGCCAUGCUUCCAAAGAAGUUGGUGGAAUUGCUGAUGGUGUCAGAAAGGAUUUGCAAACAAGGCAGAGCAAAAAGCAAAUUUUGAAAGAAGAAAGUUCCGUAACUGUGCACGAACCUGUAACUAAGAAGGCUCUGAGACGAUCCAGACCCAAUGUCUCAAAAAGUAAUGUUCCUGAACUUGCAGACCCGAAAGGUAGAUCUGCUGAAAAAAAUAAGCCGUCUAAAGCAAGGAUGGAAAUUAUAGAAGAAGAGGGUUCAUUUAGAAAAAGUAGUUUGUCCCGUGGAGAACAACCAGUCAUGGAUAUUGUGCCAGAAUGUGGAGGCAGUAAAAAUGAUUCUGAUUUGUACCACAGAAAAAAAGUUAGAGAAAGGUCAAAUAAAAAGAGAAAGGAAGGGAAAUCUGUUGAGCAUAGCCAGCUAGGUUCUGCUGAGAUAUCUGCUCUAAAUUCUGAUGAGAAGGAGUUCACAUACGACACAUUGAAGUCGGAGGAACAGGUUUCAGAGUCAAUGGAGGUUGAAGGUGCAUCUAUAUUCCAACAAAUGCAGGAUUCUACAGCUGAGGUUGUGGAUAAUGAGAAAGAAAACAUUGUCGAGGAAGCUAGGAUGGAAAAUUUGAGUCUGGAUAGCAAGUUAGAAGGUUCUAUGGAAUAUCAGUCCCACCGUUCAUUUAAUACAAGAGCUGAAUCUGGUGAUGGAAAAUUGGUGGAACAGGUAAGUACAGAACCAGUUGAGCAUCUAAGUAAGAUUAACAAUGUGGUUUCUUGUGGAAUUAUCUCUCCAGCCAGUGGCUUUUCACCUGCCUACCCAGAAGAUUCCAAUGGCUUGAAAGCGGAAGAAUCGUUGAUGGAAAAACAUGUAAACCCAGUAAGUGAUAAGGUAGAUGACCUAUUAGCUGACAAUGGAAAAGCUAAUGCUCAAGAGGAUAAAAUUAUACUAGAAUUGGAUACCAAUGGGAAUUAUGAACCUGUUCAAGAGGAGACAAUUCAAGAGAAUCAUCUAAGUGAACUUACUGGAAGUCGUGAUUCAGAAAGAAGCUCUGAAAAGUUCUCAAAUGAAGCUGAAAAUAUAUACGUGCUUGUUCCUUAUGACAGAAAUGAAGCGGAGGAGGCAGUUCAAGAGAAUCAUCUUAGUGAACUAAGUGGGAGUCGUGAGUCAGAAAGAAGCUCCGAAAAAUUCUCAAAUGAAGCUGAAAAGAUAUGUGUGCUUGUUCCUUAUGAGAGACAUGGAAUAGCUCAAGUUGAUGAAUAUGCAACUGAAACUGCUGACAUCGUUGUGGAAAAGGUUGCAGAUAUCCAAUUGGGAAUAAUUGCCAGUGAUGAUACUGCUGCUGCCCCAUCUGAACCUCCACCACAAAGUCAAGAUGGGAAUCAGUUGGAGGCUCUGACAGCCAUGCAUCUAGAAAUUGUUGGAAGAAGUGAUGCAUAUCAUGUUGAGAGAGAAAACUGUUCUAAUAAUUUGAUUGAAGUCCCUGAUGAAACAAUAUCCAGUGAAGAUAUUAGCUUCAGUAAAUUACGUGGCCAAGUAUGCAGUAAUGAGAGGACCGAAGAAAUUGGGACAAUGAAGGAAAAGGAGUCUAGUGAAUAUGGAGAAGAACGGACACCAAAUGAAAUUGCAGCAACUGUAUCACAUAUUGGUGAAUUCAAUUUUAGAAGUUCUGAGAAGCGGGGAGAAGUUUUGCCAGAGCGGUCAGAAUCCUGUCUUUCCUGUGGUGGAAACACUGCAAAUAAGGAAGAAAAUGUUGGAAAAGCUGUUGAUGAUCCAAAACCCCAGGUUAUCAGUUUUGAUGCAGAGACAAAAGACAAUGUAGAUGGAGUUAACGAAGAUGAUGUCAAUGAUCACUUGGUUGAAAAGGAGUUACAGACAAUGUACCCUUUUACUUCCAUGCACGAAGAAGGGACAAACGAAGCUGUUGAGAUCAAUAGCUGUAGUCCUGCUGCCGUAGAAGAGACAGAGGCAGAGACUAUUGACAAGUGUGGUCUUGAAGGAAUGUCAAAAAAUGAAGAAGACAAAGAAGAACAUGUUGUAACCAACAAAGUAACAGAGAUGGAGGAAGCAGAAAAUGGAGCGCCUAUGCUACCACUCUAUUCAAUGGGGGAUGAUACUGCAUUUUCAAAGUAUGAGAUUGAAUUAUCAAAAACUAAUGAUCUCGCCCAAGGUGCUUCGGAUGUGACCAUGUCUAGUGAAUAUGAAGAUGGAGGGACACCAAAUGAAAUUGUGGCAACUGUAUCACAAGUUGGUGAAUUCAAUUUUACAAGUUCUGAGAGGCAAGGAGAUGUUUUGCCAGACCUGGAUAAAAGUGCUUCCAUAUAUGCAAAAUCCUGCCUUUCCUGUGAUGGAAAAACUGCUAAUAAAGAAGAAAAUGUUGGAAAUGCUGUCGACGAUCCAAAAGCCCAGGUUAUCAGUUCUCAUGCUGAGAUAAAAGAAUAUGUAGAUCGAGUUACAGAAGAUGAUGUUGAUGAUCUCUUGGUUGAAAAGGAGUUGGAGACAAUGUACCCUUUUACUUCCAUGCACGAAGUAGUGACAAAAGAAGCUGUUGAGAUCAAUAGCUGUAGUCUUGCUUCUGUAGAUGAGAUGGAGGCACAGCGUAUUGGGAAGUUUAGUCCUGAGGAAAUGUCAAAAAAUGGUGAAGACAAAGAAGAACUUGCUAUAACUAACAAAGUAACAGAGAUGGAGGUAGCAGAAAAUGGAGCACCUAUGCUACCACUUGAUUCAGUGGGGGAUGAUACAGCAUUUUCAAAGUAUGAGAUUGAAUUAUUAAAAACUAAUGGUCUUGCCCAAUGUGCUUCGGAUGUGACCAUGUCUAGUGAAUAUGAAGAUGGAAGGACACCAAAUGAAAUUGUGGCAACUGUAUCACAAGUCGGUGAAUUCCAUUUUACAAGUUCUGAGAGGCAAGGAGAUGUUUUGCCAGACAUGGAUAAAAGUGCUUCCAUAUAUGCAAAAUCCUGCCCUUCCUGUGAUGGAAAAACUGCUAACAAAGAAGAAAAUGUUCGAAAAGCCGUUAGUGAUCCAAAAGCCCAAGUAAUCAGUUUUGAUGCAGAGACAAAAGACAAUGUACAUGGAGUUAUCGAAGAUGAUGUCAACGAUCAUUUGGUUGAAAAGGAGUUACAGACAAUGUACCCUUUUACUUCCAUGCACAAAGUAGGGACAAAAGAAGCUGCUGAGAUCCAUAGCUGUAGCCCUGCUGUUGUAGAAGAGAUGGAGGCAGAGAGUAUUGAUAAUUGUGAUCAUGAAGAAAUGUCAAAAAAUGGUGAAGACAGAGAAGAACAUGCUGUAACCAAUAAAGUAACCGUGAAGGAGGAAGCAGAAAAUGGAACGCCUACGCUACCACUUGAUUCAAUGUGGGAUGAUACAGCUCUUUCAAAGUUUGAGAUCGAAUUAUCAAAAACUAAUCGCCUUGCCCUAGGUGCUUCGGAUGUGACCAUGUCUAGUAAAUAUGAAGAUGGAGGGACGCCAAAUGAAAUUGUGGCAACUGUAUCACAAGUUGGUGAAUUCAAUUUUACAAGUUCUGAGAGGCAAGGAGAUGUUUUGCCAGACCUGGAUAAAAGUGCUUCCAUAUAUGCGAAAUCCUGCCUUUCCUGUGAUGGAAAAACUGCUAAUAAAGAAGAAAAUGUUGGAAAUGCUGUCAACGAUCAAAAAGCCCAGGUUAUCAGUUCUCAUGCUGAGAUAAAAGAAUAUGUAGAUCGAGUUACAGAAGAUGAUGUUGAUGAUCACUUGGUUGAAAAGGAGUUAGAAACAAUGUACCCUUUUACUUCCAUGCACGAAGUAGUGACAAAAGAAGCUGUUGAGAUCAAUAGCUGUAGUCUUGCUUCUGUAGAUGAGAUGGAGGCACAGCGUAUUGGGAAGUUUGGUCCUGAGGAAAUGUCAAAAAAUGGUGAAGACAAAGAAGAACUUGUUAUGACUGACAAAAUGGAGGAAGCAGAAAGUGGAACGCCUAUGCUACCACUUGAUUCAAUGGUGCAUGACACAGCAUUUUCAAAGUAUGAGACUGAAUUAUCAAAAACUAAUGGUCUUGCCCUAGGUUCUUCGGAUGUGACCAUGUCCAGUGAAUAUGAAGAUGGAGGGACACCAAAUAAAAUUGUGGCAACUGUAUCACAAGUUGGUGAAUUCAAUUUUGGAAGUUCUGAGAAGCAGGGAGAAGUUUUGCCAGACAUGGAUAAAAGUGCUUCCAUAUAUUCAGAAUCCUGCCUUUUCUGUGAUGGAAAAACUGCAAAUAAGGAAGAAAAUGUUGGAAAAGCUGUUGUUGAUCCAAAAGCCCAGGUUAUCAGUUCUGAUGCUGAAACUAAAGAAAAUGUAGACGGAGUUACAGAAGAUGAUGUUACGGAUCACUUGGUUGAAAAGGUGCUUCUUGAGCAGAAUGAUAAUGGUCCUGAUCUUACGUUGCGUAACGCACAUGAAAGCUGUAUAUAUGCCACUGAUGAAGGUGAUGAUAUCUUGGAUAGAAGAAUUGGCAUUGAGAAUGUUGAGGAUGGUACUAAGUUGGACGAGCAACUGAUUUCUCCAUUUGGAUUAAAUAAUGGGUGUCUGUCGGACGAGAAGAAGUCCGCUGUUAAAUCAUUUUCUGUUGCCCCUUCAGGCAGAAAUGUACCUGGAUCAAGUACAGCUACUUUCUCUGUGCAGAAUUUUUCAUUAUCAUGUGUAUUGAGUGCAGGAAAGGAGUAUGAAUUUCAUGCAUACAGCAACCGUGUCAGGAAUUAUGCAGAAGGAAUAGAGAUGGCUAAUGAGGAUAAAGGCUUUGGUCAUGAAAAGAUGAAUCCACCUGCGCAAGGAGAAAAUGAACUUGGAAUUGACAAGAGAGUUGAAGGUCAGAACAGUAAUGAAGGUAUAAAUGAUUCUACCCAUGGUUUUGCUGUUGAGAAUAACGCAAGAACUUCUCCACAAGUUGUUGCUGAGAAACUUGAUGGAUACACAGAUGUCUUGAAACUAGCCAAUCAAAUGGACAGCGAUGAUGAUCUGGAUUUGAACAAUCUGUUCAACAGCAAUAGCACAAACAGUAAGAGGAAUUCAAAGGAGACUGGAAAAGAAAUUGAUUUGCAUGAUCUUGACAAUGUGGCAAUCUCUUCUGGUCAAUCCAAUGAAUUUUCGGAUUGUGGAAACAAUGCCUCUAUAUUGAAGCCUGAAAUGAACGUUGAAUGUUCAGCUGUUUCCCCAGCGACUGCUUCUACAACUGAAAUCAAAGCACUGGAGAUUGCUGCAGAAAUGACUUUGUUCACCAGUUAUGAGCUGAAUUUGUUUUCAGAAGAUAGAGAAAGAGAUGAAUUUGAGGAAGCAGAUGUGAGAACCUUGGAAGACAAGUUGAUAAACAAAAAUAAUGAAGAAGUGAAUGAAGGAAGAGAAAUUGUUUCGAGCAUUGAAAAUUUUGAGAAAGAGCAACAUUGUGAUUAUGAGCAAAGCAUGGUAGAAGACAAGCCAAACUUGAUAAAUGAAACUAAUGAAGUGAGUGAAGGGAGAGAAAUUGUUGGAAGUAUGGCGUCUAAUUUAGAGCUAAAUGAAGGGAGAGAAAAUGUUGAGAGUAUUGGAAAAGAUUGUGAUGAUGAGCAUGGCAUGGUAGAGGAAUUUGAAAUAGGGAAACAGAACCAGCUUUCUGCUUCAGAUGAGUCCAUCUAUGAAAAUCGAAGUAUACCAAAAGAGAAAGGUGGGGUGCCUGUCAUCAAGCAAGGGCUUGUUGAUUGCGAGAUUCACAAAUUUGAAUGUAUUGAGUUUGAGAAUUAUACAGAGGCUACUCAAAUUAAUGCCAGCAAUUAUGCUGCUUCAGAUACUUCCAAAGCUGAAUGUUGUGCAAGUGACUCUAAGAAACCAGAAAUUCAUGUGAACUCUGCUGUUGAAGCUGUUGCUUUAGAAAAUCCCCAGAAAUUGGAAUCACGUGAAGAUAAAAGUCCGGAGGCAAAAUUGAUGGAAAGAAUCAGUAGAUCUGCCAUGCCAAAAAUGAAGACUAACAAAGAUUUUUCGAUCCCAAGAACUCCGAAAAACAUCCACAAAAUCUAUGAUAUGAAAGAGAAUUUUCCCAGCAGCAAGAGGGAACAAGUCAAUAACAUGACAGCAACAAAAACAUCAGUCAAGAGAAGGGCAUUGGAAGAUCUCCAGAAGAAUUAGACUCCGGUCCUGCUUCUAUGCUUCAUAAGAUUUAUUAUAUUGAACGAUUUCCUAAAUUUAUUUGCAAAUGUGGAUUGAUUCUAGCAUACCUCAUGCAGAAAGUUCAAUGAAUUUUUAUGUUCAUCUGCUUUGUUUAUGUUCAUAAAAUGUAAUUAUUUAUGAAUGUUGUUAUGUAAUUUUAUUUUCUUGCUUGUGUUUUCCUUGUGUAUAUUUGAUUGUCGAUUCUAGAUCCUUGAGAAUCGAUAAUAAACUUGGUACUUCAAGGAUUUUGAAUAUUUGUAGCAUUGACAAAGUAAAGCUUCAUUUGUUCCAAAUUGAUUUGUUCUCUAGACUACCUCAUAGAUUAGAACUAUAUCUUGCUUUCAUAGAAAAACAGUAAUUAGACUGCUAUAAACAGAGGCAAAAUAAUAAUCAGAUUUUACUCAAUGGAAUAAACAGACAUUUUCUACAACGAAAUAACAUAACUACCAGAAUCUUUAGCUACUCUUAAGCAGACAUACAAACGAAAUUCAAAUUGCUUUGGACACAGAAAUAUAUGUUUUGUGUUUAUUUCUUGGCAAAUAAUACAACAGAGGUUGAACAUCAUACGUAGUUUUCACUAAAUUGAUGACAAAAUUUCAGACACAAGACAAUUUGAUGAUGAUAUAUACGAAGUCCCUUAUUCGGAAAAGUACAUAAAAUAUGAAUCAAACUAACUUCAAGUGCUCUUGGGAUUACAGACAAACCUCCUGAAUACAAUCCCUUUCCACCGGUAAUAUCCAAGUAUCAAAAGAA